AUGUGUCUCUAGCACUGAGAAGCAAGAGCAGCCCAGCAAGCCCAGAGGGAGUGAAAUUAGAUUAAGAACUGAAAGAUGAAUCUUGGCUCUGAUCAAAACCUAACUGAAGAGACACAGAUUUUAAGGACCCAGCCAAGACAGCCCUAUAAAUUAUCUGGCAGUAGCCAGCCAGCUAGCAAUCCAUGUAAUUCAAAUCUCCUAUCUCAAAGUUUCCAGCCAUAUUCAUCUCAUUAUCCAUGUGUAUACACAAAUAACAGCAGCAAUUGGGAAAUUUAUGAAGCAAUAAGAAUUCGGGAACUGGAGGAAGUCAAAGCAAGAGCUGCCCAGAUGGAGAAGACCAUGCGCUGGUGGUCAGAUUGUACUGCUAACUGGAGGGAGAAAUGGAGCAAAGUUAGAGCAGAAAGAAAUAAAGCUCGAGAGGAAGCAAGACAAUUAAGAAUCAAGUUAGAAAUUGUUGUGAAAGAGCUGAGUACACUUAAAAAGAUAAACCAAAAUUUAGUGAGUGAGAAGAACUUAAAAAAUAUAAUUUCCUGGAAAAAAGAAACCAAUUUUUCAGGAACACUGUAUGUAAAAGAAGACCUAAAUGAGGUAGUGUCUGUGGAAGAAGAGCCCAUGAAAGAUAUCAGUGAGACGGAUGAGAUUCUGGUGACAGAAGACACAAAGAAGGAGGCAGAGGUAGUCAAAGAAGUUUUAAGAAGCAAUCAAAAUAAAAAAAUAACUCCAAAGCCUAAUGAUUCUUUUUACAAAGAAGUUUCCAGGAUUUACUUGGAGGAACCUAAAGAAUUGCUGGGCAAUAUAGCUAAGACGUCGGAAAAUGAUUUAAUACAUGUUUCUGUCUUCCAUUUGCAUUUGGCAGAGUUGCAGAAAAUCUUACAGAAGGAAAGAGAAAUGAAUGUGUUUCUAGAAAAAGAGGUGGAAAAAAUGGAAAAUGAUUUAUCUGUUUGGAAAUGGAAAUAUGAACAACUAAAACAAUCCAAACUGGAAAGUCUGAAACAGGUAUGUUGGCAAUACCUUGUUAACACAUGA